UCAAGGAGUAACUUCUUCAACCCCAAGUGAUCCCAGCUCCUGCUAGUACCAUGGGGCUAGAGGGUGUUUUUUUAGGCACUGGACAGAUCCACGUAAUCCUGUGGGGAAGUUUGGCAGCCAUGACAACACUCUUGUUCCUCACCUUCCUCAUCUUCCUUUGCUCCAGCUGCAAUGGGGAAAAGAAGGCAAAAAGUCAGAAUGGAGAUCAUGAAAAUCUGAUGAAUGUGCCUUCUGAGAAGGAGGUGUUCAGCCAUUCCAUCACCAGCUCUGUAACGGAGCCUCCCCCAAACAGCGAACAGAACGGAGCCCUCAGCAACGGAGAGGUUCUUUCUGAGGACAGUACAGCUGCCUGUAUCCAGCCUUAUGAAGAAGUACAGACAUCUGAUCUACUAGAUCAACAGGAUACCCUUGGAAAGUCUAUAAAAUGUCACCAGAGCCGGGAGCUACCCAGUAUUCCCCCUAACAACCCCAUGGAAACUAUAAUCUCAUCUAGAAAUGCAGAAAAUGAUCAAGGUCUUGGAAUGGAAGGGCCUUAUGAAGUCUUGAAAGACAGCUCCUCUCAGGAGAACAUAGUUGAAGACUGCUUGUAUGAAACUGUGAAGGAAAUUAAAGAUGUUGGAGCAGUAGUCAGCAUGGAAGGGAGCUCUAGCAGCAAAUCAAAGGCUUCACUGACAGUUUCUGAAGGUCAGAGCCAGAUUCCUGAGUGCAGAAUUGAGUCAGCAGAAUAUGCAUCUGUUGACCGAAAUAAGAAGAGUCGCCAAAGUGCAAAUUCAGAAAGUCCUCUUGACAACAUACCAGAUGUAGAGGAUGAGCUUCCCCCUCCAGUACCCAUGAAACUUCUUGAUGAAAAUGAAAAUGUGCAAGAAAAAGAAGUGGAAGAAGAAGUGACAGAAGGAGCAAGUAAACCAGAAAAGAGGCUUAGUUCAGUGUCUUACAAGUCUCGAGAGGAAGAUCCAUCUCUUACAGAAGAUGAGAUCUCAGCCAUGUACUCAUCGGUGAGUAAGCCGGGACAGGCCAUCAAGGCACUGGAUUCUCCUUACACCUGCAUUCAAGAAAUUGCAUCUCAGAGGUCCCCCUCCAUUUGCAGUGGCCUCUAUGCAAGUGUAAAGGACUUUGAAAACACCCUCAAUUCCACCACUGUGCCUCAGACAGCGGACAGACCAAACGGGGAGCUGGAGCCGGACUAUGAAGCUAUCCAGGCAGUGAGCCAAGAGGAAGAGAGGACCUUGGUGGUGCCCAACACAAACCACACUGCUCUCUCAGGAGAGAGCGACUACGAGAGCAUAGGGGACUUGCAGCACCACAGGGAAUUCACCAGACUUUAACCGCUCCUGCAGCGGAUUCCCACGCUGUAAUUUUCGAAGGACAAUGAAACGUGGAGAGGGAAGCGCUUUUCCUGUGGAACACAAGUUGUGAAGAAGCAAUGUACGUUUCGGCCAGGGUGUGAUACCUGCUGGUUUUUCUGGGUGGUGGAUCAAGGCUCAUGGGAAAGGGUACAUCAGGUCAGAAAGAUGACCAGGAAAAUGUAAAGGUUUCUUUAUUGCUAUUAGCUCCAAGGCAAGCGUAAUUUGGGAAGGAGUGCCAUGCUUGUUGUCCUGAUAGGAUUACAUACCAAAAAGACUACCUUUACACAAAACUAGCUUCUCAUUUUAAGAGAUUAUUUUAUGUAAAUUUCUUCAAAGUUUUUCAAGCAUAAUUUUUCAUUCAAGUUUUGGCAUCUGCAAUGUUGAGCAAACCACGGAUAAUUGUACCUCAACUCAGACUUACUCUGUGGGGCUGGGGAAGAUGCAUUCACUUCUAUGUCUUUUGGGGAGCUCUGGCCACCUUCACUGCAACUAAAGUGCAAACAACAGUAGUUCACAAGGGACUGACUCCAAAUGUACUUGAAUUAAUUCUGCUGGCUUUUUCUUUUUUCUUUUUUCUUUUUUUAUGUCAAGGGCUGUAGAAUGUGACUUUCAGUAUUUGAGAUGUGUACUGGUAUUUGUAGGGGUUUUGUUUGAUUAUUUGCGAAAUAUUCCUUUAAAAUGGCAAUGGUCACCCUUAGCAUUCUUGCACUGUUUCCCUCAAAUGGGCAUAAACAUGUACAUACACACACCCCAGACCAUUGUCAUGUUGCAAAAAUUGUGCAAUUGAAUGCAUUGGCAUAAUGUGUAUAAUCUAACCUUAGUAGUGUUGAGUAAUUUUUUUUUGCAGAAUUUUGCCCUUUUUAAAGACUUAACUAUUUUAA